ACUAAAUUUUUCUACCUAGCUCAUGACUGAAUGUUCUUACGUGUUAUAAAACUUAAAAUUUUUGUAUGAAAUGUACUAUCCAAGGUAUGUUUUUUCAAACUAAAUCUAAUCCACAACAGAUCAGAUGUUAACUACCGUUUGAUUUGUAUUAAAUCAUUAAACAACACAGAUUUAUAACAAAAACAAAGAAUGAACGAAGAAAUAGACGUUAAAGUAACUCCAGAGGAAAGGCCUUUGUGGCCUCCUCUUGAACAUAGUGCAGUUCAGAUACCUCCUCAACAUAUGCCAAUUCCUUCUCCUCAAGGAGCACCUCUAAGCCACGGCGUAGAGUAUGAGCUUCCCUUUGAAUUACAGCAACAAGGGUGGAAAAAAUUUUGGUCCAAGAGAGAAAACCGCCCUUAUUUUUGGAAUAAAUUGACUGGAGAAAGUUUAUGGGAAAUGCCUAUGGUUAAACCGCAGCCACAUUUUGAUCCUAUAACCGAUCCGCUUGGCAUUUGUGCUCCACCUCCCCCUGCACCUGUUAUUCCUGUUGUUCAUAUGCCUAAUACCUCUGUUCCCGUUCCCGUAGCCAAACGAAGAGCUUCUGAAGAAAUAGGCGGACCACAAGUUAAAAAGUUCGUGUUAGCGGGACCCUGGGACUUAGAUGUUCCGACGAAUGUGAUUAUACUUGAACGAGCUCCAUGUUCAUAUAUGCAUUCUCAUCCGGAAGUCGAAGCUUAUCGAUGUAGUUUGCUUGCCAAACUGAGACAGUGCUAUCAGGAAUUAUGUCAUUCUAGAGAAUCAAUCGAUGCACCUAAGGACUCCUUUAAUAGGUGGCUUAUGGAAAGGAAAGUUAUCGAUACAGGCUAUGACCCUCUUUUACCAAGCAACUGUUAUCCUGAAGUCUCAUUAUCGAUGUACAAGGAAAUAAUGAAUGAUAUACCUAUAAAAUUAGUUAGACCAAAAUUUACUGGAGAUGCCAGGAAACAGUUAUCAAGAUAUGCAGAGGCAGCUAAAAAGAUUAUGGAAUCUCGAAACGCAGAGGCUGAAAGUAGGAAAGUUGUAAAAUGGAACGUCGACGAGACAUUCCAGUGGUUGAGGAAAACUGUAGGGGCGACAUAUGACGACUUUCAAGAUAGGCUGGCCCAUCUGAAACAGCAGUGUCAGCCCCAUCUUACGGAAACCGUAAAAGCAUCUGUUGAAGGAAUCUGUUUAAAAAUAUAUAAUCUGUCAGUAGAAUAUGCAAAGAAGGUAAAAGAGAAAUCCAACGCUAUAUUAAAAGAACACGGAAUGGAGUUACCCCCGCCAAUGUCAAUGCACACCACACGAAAAGUGUGGUGUUAUCCCGUUCAGUUUGCCAUUGGCUGUCCAAGACUGCCAGUCGUUGAAUAUCUGCCCGACAGGGAUCAAGCUUUGCUUAGAUUUCAGGGAGAUACCCUUGUUAUUAAUAGUACACACUUGCAGAAAUUGGAACAUUUAUACAGGCAUAGCUGCUUCGAUGAUAGGAAAUUUGAACUUUUCAUACCCAGGGUCUGGGUCAUGCUGAAGAGGUACGCCACCUUCCUGGGAUUAAACCCGUCAUCGAAUAAUGCAAAUUCAGACGUUCAGGACACUCAACAAUCCCUUCCAGUCACGGUAUUCGAAUGUCUCAAUCGAACUUUCGGUGUUACAUUCGAAUGCUUUGCCUCACCACUGAAUUGCUACUUCAAACAAUUUUGUUCCGCAUUUGCGGAUUGUGAUUCAUAUUUUGGAAGUAGGGGGUCUUUUUUACAAUUGAAAGCCGUGUCGGGUUCUUUCGAGGCCCAUCCGCCUUACAGUGAGGAAUUGAUGGAAGCUUCCGUGAAUCACAUGGAACGAUUGCUUGGCGACAGCCCGGAACCUCUUAGUUUUGUAGUUCUUAUGCCCGAUUAUAGAGAACCUACACCCAGCGCACUUGAACGGCUCGAAUCGAGUCAAUUUAAAAGGAAACAAGUGACUAUACCUGCCUUUGAACAUGAAUUUCGACACGGAUUUCAGCACGUUUUAAAUAAAUCAGAGCUAAACGUUCGAUCAGUGCACGGCACGGUUAUCGUUUGGCUGCAGAACAGUGCUGGCCACCAAAGGUGGGAGCCCUCCGAGGACAGGGUCCAGGCGCUCUUGGAGGCCUUCAGGCCCGGGAGGGAGAGAGAGCGUGACAGACAGGAACUACUGAGUCCGACGAGGCAAGGCAGCACAUCUGACAGCAAGGAUGUGCUUGUACAUUAAUAUGUUCGGUUCAUAUUGAACUCGAAAUAUCUGACUGCGAUCACUUUUUAUUUAUACGUUAUUGUAGUAACCCUGUUGCGAUCUGAGAAUGAAAUUGAAUUUACCGCAUUUACAAUUUCAUUUCUUUAUGUAUAAGGAAUUCAGUCGUGGUUAAAUGACAACAAAAAGACGCUUAAGAAAUUAGAAAUAUUGUGAUGCUAAAUUUUUUAUUUUAGUAUCGGUACUAAAAAACAUAUCAGUUUAGUCAAAAAAAAAAAAGCGGCUUUGUAGCAAGUGUCGUGUUUCGCAUGUUGUAAAUUUUUGAAGGUCAUUUUGUAAUAAUUUAUUUUGAUAUUGUGAUUCUUCUCGAAUUGGUGCGAAACACAUUUAAAGAAAGACACUGAAAUUCAGCUUGUUUUAUUGAGAAUGAGAGAUUCUUGAAGAAGAAAGAUGGAAAGAUUUGAAAAAAAUCUUUGAAUUCUAGUGAUAUUUCAAGAACUGUUCAUCAAUCAAAUUGAAAAUUUCAGCAGUUAUGCAUUUCAAAUAAAUAUCAUUGGUAGAGAACGCUAGUUACAUCUUACUGGUGGAACAAAUCUAACCUGAACAUUUCGUUUUUUGACAUAUUGGAAAUUCAAACAAAAAAAUAUGUAACCACUAAUGUUUAUUAAAAUUUUUUUACUAGCUCACAGUAAAAAAAAAACAAUGAUUACACAACCCCACAAAAAAAAAAAAUUCUGUGCAUUGAACUAGACCACUAUAUCCUUAUGUUUUCGAGGUUGCUGAGUCCAAAUUCGAGAUCCGUUUGACCUUGUCAGGUCAUGUUAAUGGUCAUUUCAAUGUCAAACCGAGAAAAAUCCCCUAUUGUGGCAACCAUGAUUAUUAUAAGCUUUUGGGGUCGCUGAGUCCGAAUCCGAGGUUCGUUUGACCUUGUCAGGCCAGGUUAAAGGUCAUUUCAAGGUCAAACCGAAAAAAUCCCCUAUGGUGGAGGCAUACAUGAUUAUUAUAUGUUUUUGGGGACGCUGAGUCCGAAUCCGAGGUUUGUUUGACCUUGUCAGGUUGUCGUCAGUGUCUUCUGAGUUUCGUCUGCUGUUCUGGCAAUGUCAGCGUCAAAGAAUAAAAGUGUUUUUAUUACUCAUAAGGGAUAAGUCCUAUCUUUUCACAUAUUCUUUAGGUCGGUAAAUAGCAGUUUGCUUACUCUAUUUGCGUGCGGUAAUUACACUUAUCGCCGGUGAAUUGACAAUAAAACACGAAAAAUUUAAAUACGCACUCGAAAAUAUUAUUUUUAAAAAGACAUUUAAAUGACAGUUAUUUAUGUCAAUCUAAACUGAAUAAAAGUCUGUGGACCCUACCGGGGCUUCGCCCCUGGACCAUAAGAUUGCACCGCAUUCGUAGUAAAAAAUAGUAUGUGCAAUUCGUGCGGUUGUCUACUGCCCACUUGACCGGAUGAGCGCACUUAAUGCACAAUAUACUAUUUCUUUUUUUAAAUAAAGUGUAAUUAUCGCCUUAAAAAACAUGACCGUUGAAGUUUUCAGCUUAAUUGAUGAAACGGUUGUCGAAACAUCAAAGUUUUUAUUAAACCCUGGCAUCGUGUGGAUUGAAAAAGAGCGACAUUUCGUUAAAGCAUAUUUGACUAAACGUAAAAUAUGCCAUCAAAUUUUAGUAUAAUAUACAAGGAAAGUUUGAAAUAUGAAAAUUUCCUACAAAUUAUUGUUGCACAUACUUAACUGAUCAUGGUAUGAAAACGUGAUAAUAAGGGAUGUAGAAUUAUUUUGUAAUAUGCUAUUGUUACCGAUUUAAAGUUUAUAAAAAAUCUAAUUUUUAACAUUUAAUUGUUCUAAAAUAAGUAAUAUAUUUUUAGAGAUUUUUCUAAUAUUGUUGGAAGGAACAAAAAUUGUGGAUAACUAAGGACAAUGAUAAAAACGUACUAUACCUAAAUUUCCUUAAUCAUUAUUCAUUGGUUAAACUCUGUUAGAAAAAAAUGAGAUAUGAAGAGACCCAUUAUAUUUAAUUUGUACAACAUGUAAACGAUCAAUUAAAACUGUGCAAUAUUCAUUUCUUUAACUUAAUUUUUUCCAGUCCAUAAUAUUUUUUUUUAGUAGUGAACAUUUAUUUAAAAAAAAAAUCAAUUAUGGAUAUUUGUAUUUUGAAUUUACCAAACCAUCAAGUUUGAUUAUGGUUCAAUUUGUAAUUUAAAAUUUUGGGCUUGUUUACAAAUAUUAAAAUAAAAAUAAUGUUAAUGUGACCUUUAAUGAAGUGAUUAAUUUAAAAAAAUUGUCAUCAUCCCUUUUUCUGCGAAAUUGUAUAAAGGUAAAUCGUGUUAAAGUUUUCGUCAGAAGGUGGGCAAGUUAUAAUAGUGUGAUACUUCAAUUUUCAAUAUGUACCCACACCUGGAAAGGCAUUAUCGGCUAAUGGCAUCGACUGGCGAAGUCUAACACAUCAGGUUGGCCAACUUGGUCUAUGAAUGAUUAGAUUUACAAAUACAUAGCUCUUCAUUUUCACUUUGAAUUAGUGGUCAAAUAUUUUAGAUUUGAUGCGACCUGUAAUUAUAGCUAGUACAAAAUACUCCGACAAAUUAAAAAAAUAUUGUAUUGUACGAUAGCAAGUAAAAAAUCUUGCCAUAACGACAAAUGUCCGCAGCACAUCAGUUCGGCCAAAAUGUGUCUUCCUUUGUGGGUACCUAAUGCAUCCUGAUGAAAUUGAAGACUAGUAUCUUUUUUUGUUUAAUUUCUUAAAUACUUCGUUAUUGAUGGCAAAGUAUAAUUAAAGAAUAUAUUGUAGCUCAUUUAAAGGUAGGUAGUCACCGUGUGACAAGUAACUGAAAAAUAUAGUGUUCAUGUUUAAAAAAAAAUGUAAUUAAUGUUAUAUUGAAUAGUAUGCAGUUCAUAAUACAACAUUUCACUAAAUAUGUUACUAAUUGAAAAUAUUUCUAAUUUUUUAAGCAUUUGUUAAAGAUCUUGU